GAGGAAGAUCAGUAAUUGGUGGAGCUCCACAGGCUCUUUUGAUUGGCAGUCGGAGCCCGCGACGUGAGGCGGCCGUUGGUCGUGCUUCACGGAGAGCCUGGGAAAGCGAAAUGGAGGGGUGUGUGUCUAACCUAAUGGUCUGCAACCUGGCCUACAGCGGGAAGCUGGAGGAGUUGAAGGACAGCAUCCUGGCCGAUAAAUCCCUGGCUACCAGAACUGACCAGGACAGCAGAACUGCAUUGCAUUGGGCAUGCUCAGCCGGACAUACAGAAAUUGUUGAAUUCUUGCUGCAACUUGGAGUGCCGGUGAAUGAUAAAGAUGAUGCAGGUUGGUCUCCUCUUCAUAUUGCUGCUUCUGCUGGCCGGGAUGAGAUUGUAAAAGCCCUUCUGGGCAAAGGUGCUCAAGUGAAUGCUGUCAAUCAAAAUGGCUGUACUCCCCUACAUUAUGCAGCUUCCAAAAACAGACAUGAGAUCGCUGUCAUGUUACUGGAAGGCGGGGCUAAUCCAGAUGCUAAGGACCAUUAUGAGGCUACAGCAAUGCACCGGGCAGCAGCCAAGGGUAACUUGAAGAUGAUUCAUAUCCUUCUGUACUACAAAGCAUCCACAAACAUCCAAGACACUGAGGGUAACACUCCUCUACACUUAGCCUGUGAUGAGGAGAGAGUGGAAGAAGCAAAACUGCUGGUGUCCCAGGGAGCGAGUAUUUACAUUGAGAAUAAAGAAGAAAAGACACCCCUGCAAGUGGCCAAAGGUGGUCUGGGUUUAAUACUCAAGAGAAUGGUGGAAGGUUAAGCAGCUUGGAUUUAUUCUUACUUUGUAAGUUUUGUGGUUGUCCCCAGUGUCCUGGAAACUAAUGUACUUGUGCACAAGACAUCAUCUAUGAAUGAUGAAGUUGUUUCAUCUUCAAAGUGUUAUAAACAUGUUGAAUAUUGUUCCUGUUAAAUAUUUGUUCUAAGCCUACACUUGCUUCCCAGGCAUUGAAUAACUGUUGAGAUUGUUCUAUUGUUGUAUAUUAUUCUACAUUGAAUUGUGGUUAAUUUUGAGUAAAUGAUUCUGUGGCUGUUGUGAGUCUUCAGCACCCUCCCAUGCACCUUCUGUCUCCCUCUGGGGCAGAACAGCCCCAGGAGCACCAGGCCAAUUGUUCUGCCAAAUGUUUCUAGGUGGAUUCUAGAAUGUUUCUCCGUACAGUUGAAACACAUCCUGACUCGUUUUUCAAGCUCACUCAGAGGCCUAUGCCAAAUAUUUCUGUUUUUUCAACAGUACAAUUUAUGUUUGUUACAGGAGGAAUACUUAUGUAUUUCAGAGAACCAAAUUUUCAGUUGGAGGGCAUGCUAUCCAAGUUUGGCAUUCAUAAACACGAAAAUAAUGAAAAAUAGCCCAUGUACCCAUGUAUCUUUUUAAUGAGCUAUUUCUCUCCAGAAUGUACUGUUUUUAAAAAGGAAGUUUUAAAGUACCUAUAUUAAGUCAUCCUGUAUUGAAAAGAAUGUCAAGCUUGUUAACAUGAUAUGUAACAAAAAUGUAUUUCAAUUUGUAUCUCAAAAAUUAAAAAAAUAAAACGUUGAGGGAAUCUUCCAA